UGCUAACUUCUUCCCCUGCCCUCCGUCCCAAGUCCCAACGCCACAGCUCCGAACCAACACCCCCAUAAAUCCAACCAACACAUAACCACUCUCUCUCUCUCAAACGAAGAGAAGGAAGCAGCAAGGUACGCCCAUGGCGCCAUCACCUCGGCCGUACGCCUCUCUGCUGCUGCCAUCUCUCGUCCUGCUCCUCCUCGUCGCCUCCUCCCGCGCAGCGAGAGUGGGAGCAACCGCAAGAAACCAGGCAGCCCAGGACGGCCGCGCAGAGGAGGACGCCGGCGGCGAGGCGGCGGCGGAGGCGGAGGAUGAAGGUUGCGGCGGUGGCGCCGAAGGGGGAGAUGGAGGCGAUGAUGAGUGCUUGAUGAGGAGGACGCUGGUGGCGCACACCGACUACAUCUACACCCAGGGAGGAAACCACAACUAGCUAGCUUAGCUGGGACUGAAAUCAUAGCAUCAUAUUUGUAUGAUCAAUAUGGAGAUUUUAUCAGCAGUUGGGCACUUUUUUUUUUUUUGCGAAUCGGGUACUCGAUUGUAUAUAAGCUGGUAGAGAAAUCUUGCUGAGUUGUUUGUGAUCCGCUGGUCAAGCCAGUGCGUUGGCUGGCUUGAGUAAGAACACAGGAAAGAAUCUUGUACGUCACCCUUGAACAAUAAUGAUAAUGCUACUGUUGUGUAUGGGCGAUGCA